AUGUCGCAAAGCACCCCAUAUUUCCGUCCUUCAACGCACGCUCAAGGCCUAGCCAACUACCCACAUGCGCGAACAAUCACAUCCCCCGACGGAAAGGGAUCCUACAUCUAUGUCUCGGGAACUUCAUCACGUCGCGGCGAUGGGACCUUCGUCGGCGCAACAAGCACCCCAGAUGCAGACGGCAAAGCCACACUAGCGCUCGACAUCCGCCAGCAAACAGCAGCCGUACUAUCGAACAUUGAUGCCAUUAUCCAAGGCGCCUCGAAUGGUAAAGCUACCAUUGCGAAUGUGAUCGAUGCGACAGUCUUCUUGACAGAUAUGAAAGGCGACUAUACUGGCAUGAACGAGGAGUGGAAUCGGGUCUGGCCCGAUCGGAAUACCGCGCCAGCUCGGACGACUGUUGAAGUGCGGGCUUUGCCAAGGGACGAGAUUAUUGUGGAGAUUAAAUGUACAGCCUACUAUGUAUAA